GUGCAUUUGGAUAAUCCUAAGACUACAUAUCAACCCGGUGAUAAGUUGACAGGAUGUGUAACCUUAACGUUGGAAGUACGGUUGCUACUGAAAGCUGUAGCCAUAAAGUAUACAGGUUUUGCUGAAGUGAAAUGGGAAACGCUUUUACCACCGAAGAAAUUUAAAAAAUCAAAGCAGAAAAAUGAACAAACACAAGAGGAUGACCCACCACCAGAACCGCGCUUGGAAGUUUACACCAAUCGAGAGGACUUUUUGUCCAGUGUCAAUUAUUUUCUAGGCUCCGAAGACGCAAUUGCAAAAAUCGUUGAACGGGGCACGUACAACUAUCCCUUCACCGUUUCCCUCCCGCAGAGUUGUCCAUCUAGUUUCGAGAGCACCAAUGGCCAUAUACGCUACACAAUUGAAGUGUUUGUUGAUCACAAAAACAAAAGUGAAAUUUGGUACUCGAAACAAUUGCAAGUGCUCAAACCAGUCGAUCUACGCCACUGCCCGCAGGUGAGACAACAACCUUGCGAGGUGCAUGUCGAGGAGAAUCGGUCUCUAUGGAAAUUUUUUAAGAAGCCAUUGGAAAUGUUUGUGAAUUUACAGCAAGUUGGCUUUAUUCCAGGCGAAGUGCUAUCAGCACAUGUCAUCAUACAAAAUCCGGGUAGUUCACAUUUAAGCGAACUAACCUACGAACUGCUUCAAAUUUGCCGCAUCACCGCUUCACAUGGUCACAAAAAAACCAAAACUCAGUACUUCCCCACAAUAUUAGCUAAAACGGUACACAACCUAUGCGACGAGAAAGAGGCUAUGGUGCAACAUUUGCAAACGCUGUUUAUGCCUCAGACAAAUAUUCCGCCAAGUACUGAUUCAGGCGACUGUAGUUGUCUACAAAUUAGCUACGAGUUGAGCGCGCGAUUGACUACGAAUAAUGUAAAACGUUGGCUACUCGCAAAGCUGCCAAUCAUAGUGGGUACUAAGUCGUUGCAGAAUGUGGAAGAAAUGGGUCGAGGGCCAAGCCCGCAGCAGCAGCCGAUUUUUGGUGCGCAUUCUACAGAUGAUUUGGGAGCAAGUAUGAAAGAAAGAGAGAGUAACAUGUUAAUGCUUGGGGGUGAGAGCGAUACAUUUGCUGGUGCCUCAGCUCCCGAACCAGAGACGCCGCCCAAUAGAAGCCUAUCCAUGAUGUCACUUGCUUCUUCCACCUAUCGUGAAGCAGAGUACAUGCCGAAAAUAAGAUUCGAUGGCGAGAUGAAGAAAUCGAAACGAAGGGAUUUAGGUCAAACCGAUUUUAAACCAAAAUAUCUAUACUAUAAUAUGGAGAGUGUGCUGCCAAUACCGAAUGAUGUUAUCGCGGCGUCCACAAGCACGACUACGGUGGCAACGACAGCUACAACAACAAGGACGCAAUAUCAACCACUACCGGAACCCUACUAGACUGAAAGGCGAACAAUAGAUUGUAAUGUAUUUGGGUAAUGUUGUAAUGAACCAAACAAAAUGCAAGCACUGAACUAUGAAUAAAUAUGUAAUGAGUGUAAUAAAGACGUAUUUACAUG